AUGACGCUGUCCUUGCUGGGAGACAUCGAUCUCAGUGAAAAUGAGUUUUACAACUUACUCAUCAAAAAGUACUUGAUGACGGAUGAACAGCUGACGAGAAACGGGUAUCCCAGAGCUGUGCCGGGUGAUGAAAGUCUUGUAACGAUAGCACAAAGUCAUUUUGAAAAAUCUAAAUCACAGAAGUCUUGGGCGGAUAAAAAUGAUCUUGACCGGUUAUGUUCUCGAUGUCAUAAGGAAUUUAGACUUGAUCCUAAGGGUAAAGUAGUUUCCGCCGAGUGCGUUUAUCACUUCAAAGGUCUUCAGCGACGCGGUGGUAUGCGUGGUGACUCGUUCUUUGCGUGUUGUGGCGCUGAUCGAAUGACACCGGGAUGUUGCGUAGCAGAAGCUCAUGUUUCUGAUACCUUGAACGCAGAAGCACUUCGUGAAUUCACGUCAACACCCGUUUCUUCAGGGGAGAGCGAUCCUAGAAAUUGCAAGGUUUAUGCUAUGGAUUGUGAGAUGGUGUACGGUGUCUGGGGACCAGAACUGGCUCGAGUAUCAGUUGUAGAUAUGAACAACAAAUCGGUACUUGAUAUUAUUGUGAAGCCCCGUAACACUGUCAUCGACUACAAUACAAGAUUUUCUGGGCUAACUGCAAACCAAGUAGAGUCUUCUACGGUUGAUCUGAUUCAGGCUCAAAACUCGUUAUUCGAACUGGUUAAUGAGCGAAGCAUUCUAAUAGGUCACAGUCUGGAAUCUGAUUUGAAAGCGAUGAGACUUCGACAUGAGCGACUCUCAUUACCUGAUGUUUAUUUUUUAACUAUUAUUAUAACAUUCAGACAAGGUUUUCCUUACAAGCGAGCGUUGAGGAAUCUUGCUAGCGAAUAUCUCCAGAAAAUAAUUCAAGAAGAUGGUAAGCUGGGAUCUAUUGCAGAUAGUGGCCAUGACAGUCAGGAAGAUUCUGCGACUUGUAUGAGCCUUAUGCUUUUAAAAGUGAAAGAGGACUAUAAACGAUGUUCAUGA